CUUGCCUUGUGUUCGUGGACCAGGAAGCUAGUAGUGACUUCCCUUUUUGCAUUUGGGUCUAAGGCAAUCGUUUUAACGAGCCGAGAAAUAUAUCCAACUUUAUUUCGGUGUUUAAUCCCAUUGCCAUUUGAAUACAUUUUGUUUUUUUUCCAAUCAGAGCUUCAUCCAGGCUGUGAAGUAUGUCUCUUUAUCCAUCACUAGAGGACCUGAAGGUGGACAAGGUGCUAAAGACCCAGGCCCAUUUAGCCCAGACCAGCACCACUCCCAUGGCUGCCAUCACUGAGGGAAACACACAGCCCCAACCCGCUACAGAGUGCAUGCCAGGAUCAAGCCUGUACCCCAAUCUGGAGGACCUUGGCGAGUACAUGGGUCUGAGCCUUAACAGUGAUGAGGUUCACAGUAACCUGGCCUUGGUGCCCGUGGCAGACAAUCAGGUGGCUGCUGUGUCUGGCUAUGGGGGCAUGGUGCGGCCAGUGACCGGGGCUGACGUGGGCAUCAGAAGGGCUGAGAUCCGCCCGGGCCUGCGUGAGGUGAUCCUAUGUAAGGACCAGGACAAGAAGAUUGGCUUGCGACUGAGGGCCAUAGACAACGGGGUCUUCAUCCAGCUGGUCCAGGCUAACUCCCCUGCUGCCCUGGCUGGCCUGCGCUUCGGAGACCAGGUCCUCCAGAUUAAUGGGCACAACUGUGCUGGCUGGAGCCUGGACAAGGCCCAUAAGGCCCUGAAGGCCGCUUCCGAAACCCGCAUCGAGCUCAUAGUCAGGGACAGACCCUUCCAGCGCACCAUCACCAUGCACAAAGACAGCUCCGGCCAUGUGGGAUUCAUCUACAAGUCUGGGAAAAUCACCUCUCUGGUGAAGGAUGGCUCUGCCGCCCGCAACGGUCUGCUGACGGACCAUUACAUCUGUGAGAUCAACGGACAAAAUGUUAUUGGACUCAAGGAUUCUCAAAUCAAGGACAUUUUGAGCACCUCUCCGACUGCAAUGACCAUCACCAUUAUGCCCAAGUUCAUCUACGAGCACAUGAUCAAAAGGAUGUCCUCUGGUCUUCUGAGGUCCGCCAUGGACCACUCUGUGCCUGAGGUGUGAGAGGACAACCAAGUCUACCCAAUCACAUGUCUGAAGUCAGGACGUCCACAAUCGUAUAGGCAGAGAUUUUCAUCAAUGUCUCUUCCCCUCUCAACUUUUUUUUUAACCAUUUACUCCUGACCGUGUCUGUAAUUGUAUCAUAUAACUUUUUUCAUUAUUAUGUUCGACAUCACAAUUGUGUGUCGUUAACAUGACUAUGGCUUUUCUAUAUUUUAUGUGUUUUGCUAUCGAUCUACUUUAUUUACAUACACGCCUGUUCCAUUUCUACCAUGUCCUUGCCUUUCAUAAUCAUGACUUUAUUGUCCUUUUUAAAGUUUGGACUUUCUUGUGGUCUGCGCUUUACAUGCCUUCCUUCCUUUGUAUUACGUGGCAUAAAAGACAGUUAUAUGUUGUUUUUAAAGCAUGCUACCAUGACUCCAGAGCUUCCUCCUUUAUGAGAUGGAGACGGAUCAUAAGGCGAGUGACCUUUCACUUUUGUGUCAAAAUGCUGUAAACGCUGGUGAUCCUCUAUAGUCAGUCCUCAACCAACCUUUCCUUUAAAUCAAGGCUGUGCUCCAUUCCCCGGACUUGCCCCCCUCGAGUGUGUUUAUGGUAAACUCCAUUAUGAGAAUGGAAAUAUUCAAAUUGGCUGCACUCUUGAGGUGUGUGUGUGCGUGUGCGUGCAUUUCAAUCACACCUACUAUUGUUGUUCCAAGGGCCAUUCCACAAACGACUGUGGAUAUGCUGGAGAUUCAUAUCCCUGCCCUUGAGGUCAUUAUUAGGAUUUGGGUUACAGUUUUUAGUUUAAUUGUAUUAGGUGAUGGCACAUUUUGAAGGGGAUACAUUUUACAGAAUAUGGAGGGAAGCACCAAAGCCCACUACCCUAUUUAACUUGAGCUUUUGGCCUUAUUCACAAAAGUUGUGUUAACGUCCCCUUGUGAAGCUCAAACAACGCCCUCAGUACACCGUUUUAGGAAAGAAAUCAAAGUAUGUCAUUGCAUGCUAGCGUUGGUUGCUAUUGGUAACGGAGACAAAUUAUUUGAAAGUCUAAAUGGUAAAUGUAGACAUUUAAAUGUCAUUGCGAAGGGAAUAGUUAAGCUUGGGAGAUUAUAAAUUGUUGCUGGACAGAUCCACUAAGUGCACUUUCCACUACCUUUUGAGUGGUUUUCAUUUUCUUCAUCGAGGUAUUUGUGUUCCCUAUUGAUUCUGAAUACAAACGUGUACUUUCUAUUUUAAGUAAAGGGAAUUUAUUUUGUUUUUAUGCAGAGUGUAGCAUGGUCAAAUCAAUGCAUUUACCUCUAAAUCAAGGGUCCAGUUGAUACAUUUCGUUCCGUUUUGCUAUGCAUCGUUAGGGGAUCCCCUCUACUCUUUUCAUUCUGUGAUUGGUGUGGUUAAAAAUUACUAACUGUCACAAUUUUCCUUCCAACCAUUUUUAGAAAUGCUGUGCUUUUUGAUGCUGUUCAUUUUUUAAUGCAUGGAUAGGCAUUUUGGAUUUUGGAGAAGUAAUCUGAAAAAGUAGUCAUUACUCUGUACAAUAUUAUAAGAAUCAUAAAAGUUACGUUUGAAUUUAACCCGGAUAGUUAUUGUAAAACAAACAAUAAACGAAUAAAGUAUUUCUGUUUCUA